AUGAGGAACACAGCCGCCAGAAGGCUCCUGCGACAAAGCAUAGCUUGUGCCGAGCUGGGACACAGGUCCGUCCCCUCAAUUGACUUUAUGUUUAGCUCCGCUGACACCUUGCAACGCAACAUCAGUCAUGAUGCCGCCCGACCGAGCUUCAUCGCAGCGGCCAGCUACAGCUCCAGCUCCAGCUCGCGUGCCCACCAGACGCAGUGCCUACGACGACCAUCCAUCACCACCACCGCCGCCACGAUCACACCCCUCGGCCUCCACACAUUCCACACCACCGCCAGCACCGGCAAGGCCCGCGAGCCGGGCUGGAAGGACGCCAAGAGCAAGCUGCGUUCAGAGCACAAGAAGCGCGUAGUAGAAGAGCCCCCCGAAGGCAGCAGCAACACCUCCUCCCCAUCCUCCUCCGCGCCCAAGCACCCCCAACCAACCCCCUCAAAGCCUCUCGACUUUGCGGACGUGCAGUCGCGCCUAGCGAAGCACGACGAGCACUACACCGAGAUCCUCAAAAAACUACGCACAGGCGGACGCUUCAACCCCGACGUGAUCGGCUCCCUACGGGUACAACCCGACCGCAAGGUCGCGACCACGUACCCCCUGCGGGACCUAGCGCAGGUGAUCCCGCGCGGGGGCCGGUCCGUGUCGCUGCUCGUGCACGAGGAGACGUCCGUCAAGCCCAUCAUGAGCGCCGUGCAGGCCAGCGCCGACUUCAACCAGCAGCCGCAGCGCGACGCGGACAACGAGCUGGAGCUGGUGCUGAAGAUCGAGCCGGAGAAGAGGGAGGAGGUGCUGCGGCGCACCAAGACCGUGUGUCAUGAGUGGCGCGACCGCGUGCGCGCCGUGCGCCAGAAGCGCGAGAAGUCCCACGCGACCUGGCGCAAGGAGAGCGAUCUCCUGCCCGACUUGAAGAAGACCGCCGACAAGGAGCUCGAGAAGAUCAUCAAGGCCAGGAUGGACAAGGUGGACGCGGCCGAGAAGGAGGCCGUCAAGGCUGCCGAGUUCAAGUAG